CAGAUGCAGCUCAAAAUGUGUCACAUCCUGGCGGAGCACCACUGAGGAAACAAAGGAGCUGGGGAACCAAAUGAUGGGGAUAGCCUGAUAUCCUCAAUCCUACAAACAAGAUGUCAAAGCGGCCACCCUAUGCCCCGGCCCCCGCCCCGGCCCCCACAACACAAAUGCCCACCACCCCUGGGUUUGUGGGGUACAACCCAUACAGCCAUCUGGCCUACAACAACUACAGGCUGGGAGGGAACCCCGGCGGGAACAACAGGGUAAUGAACUCCUCAGGGAUCACCGUUCCUAAGCCACCCAAACCGCCCGACAAGCCACUGAUGCCCUACAUGCGGUAUAGCCGGAAGGUAAGCAGGAAGGUUUGGGACCAAGUUAAAGCCUCUAAUCCUGACCUGAAGCUAUGGGAGAUUGGGAAGAUCAUCGGUGGCAUGUGGAGGGACCUCACUGAUGAGGAAAAACAGGACUAUUUGAACGAAUACGAAGCCGAGAAGAUCGAGUAUAAUGACUCUCUGAAGGCCUACCACAACUCUCCAGCCUACCUGGCGUACGUCAACGCUAAGAACCGUGCGGAAGCUGCUCUAGAAGAAGAGAGCCGGCAGAGACAGUCUCGCCUAGACAAGGGCGAGCCCUAUAUGAGCAUCCAACCUGCUGAGGACCCUGAUGACUAUGAUGACGGGUUCUCCAUGAAGCAUAUAGCGGCAGCUCGUUUCCAGAGGAACCACCGGCUCAUCAGUGACAUCCUGAGCGAAGUUGUGGUGCCUGAUGUUCGCUCAGUGGUGACCACUGCUCGCAUGCAGGUCCUCAAACGCCAAGUGCAGUCCCUCAUGGUGCACCAGAGGAAGCUAGAAGCAGAGCUGCUUCAAAUCGAGGACCGACACCAGGAGAAGAAGAGGAGGUUCCUGGAGAGCACAGACUCCUUCAAUAACGAGCUCAAACGGCUGUGCAGUCUGAAAGUGGAGGUGGACAUGGAGAAGCUGGCAGCCGAAAUGGCUGCUGCAGAGGAGGCGGCUCGCCGGAGGGCGGAGGAGAGGGAGCGGGAGGCAGCAGAGCAGGUGGAAAGAGCCACUCAAGAAGAGCAACAGCCUGCCGCCAGCACCCAGGCCAAUGCCAACCCUGAACAAACCUCUGCCAGCGAGGCCAAGGAUGGAGAAGACAAGCCCUCCCCUAUGGAGACGGAGUCUCUGGCUGAAGCUUCUGAAGGAUCUCAGGAGGCUGAGCAAGGCGCCCCUGCUGCAGCAGGAGACAAACCGGCCCAACCUGAACCUGCAGAGGGCGCUACAGACGAGGGCACCAGCGACAGCACUGCUCCGUCUGAGAGCAGCUCUGGACCCCCAGCAGAACCCCAGGCCUCUGACACCACUGAAGAGCGGCUGCCCACCCAGCCACAAUAACCCCAGCUCCUAAUCUUCAUGUUCAUUUACGAUGUCUCACUUCGCUCUGUGUAAAGUCAUUUGUCCUCUAGGAUUUGUAAUCCUAUGACCUGCCAGUCAGUGAGUGAGAACAGUGAAAAUUGAUUGCUUUCCCCACCUCCUGAAUGUUCUUCAGUGAAAUGUUUUGGAAGGACAGCAGAAUCUUGAUUGCUGUUCCACACACAUUCAGUCAGGCACACGUUUACUUGAUCUAACCCUGAUGUUACCAGCCCACUUGAGUACUCUUGAGCUACAGACAUUAAAAGCUGUUUUAUCAUUGUAAAGUGGGCAAAUGUUAAGUAAAAUGUAAUGCUUGCAUCCUGCAGUCACCAAUUUUUAUUUUUGUAUUUUUUUUAUUAUUUUUUUUUUUUUGUGAAAAGCUGAAGUGGAAGGUUAUUUGCUGUCACUUACAAUGUUUUAUCUACAUGUGGCACGAUUAUUUUAUUGGAUAUCUUUGUUUCAUACUUUCACAGUUUAGUUGAGUAGUCUGUGGGCUGUAGUCUUUUCUCUCAUAAUCUAGGGUUUUUUUUUUUUUUUUUUUUUUUUUUUUUUUUUUGUACUUAAAGCCAUGCUAGCACUCAUGAUUUUCCAUUGCAACAGAUUAACUGCACAGAGCAGAUAUCUACAUGGAAUGGCAUUACAUUAAGCCUCUGGAUUAUUGUGUUUUUGUAUUGUUGGAAGGUAUUCCCUCAAUAAAGUGAUUUCUAUGUCUGUUUUAAA